UAGGGAAGAAAGAUUUGAGUAAAAUAUUUAUUGUGUACUUAAGGGAUGGAAAUUUGUUUAGUCCACUUCACAUUGCUGCGUUCAAAGGACAUCUUAAUAUUGUUGAAUUGUUGGUGAUGUUCAAACCUUCCAUGAUCGAUUGGGAAAAUAAAUACAAACGAACAGCAUUGCUUACAGCAGCUGUGAAAGGCAAAGCAGAUGUUGUGAAGUAUUUGCUAGAUAGCCUGGCGGCAAUUACAGAAGAUUAUGAGUUCUUUAACUGCUUGGAUUGGGCCAUCAUAAAUGACGAUACAAAAAGCGCUAUGGUAAUGAUGUGUCAUGAUAGAUGGAAAGAGAUUAUUUUCAAGACAAAAAAUGGUACAGAAGGAACGAUGGCGAAGUUGGUUUCUAAGAAUAUGUCCGAAGUGGCGUAUCGAGCUCUUUCUAACAGCAUGAAUACCACAGGACACCCAGAGAGUAUUGACCAUUUGGUUGCAUACGACUUUUUCUGUUUACAAAAUGCAGUUACAAACAAGAGGGUAAAAACUCAAGCCAUUUACCGCCAUCAAAGCGAUGUUGCGAAAUAG